AAGUACCUUAUCAUACUACUUAUAUUUUGAUCAGAAAUAUCUCGUUCACGAUCAAUGUAUAAGAACUGACAUGUUGUACUGGAAUAUUUUAGUGUUGAUCGAUGACUAGCCAAGUCUGUGAUUCAUCCUUAUCGCAAAAAUAGUUAAAGAUGAUACUAAUAUACUUGGAGAUAUUGUUGUUUGUUCUGUUAAAUUACUUUUGCUGUUUUGCAGGUUGGGUUUAAUCAUCUGGUUAUUUUUCCACUGGGUAUUGAACUGUAGAUGAUGAUUAGUGCUGUUUCGGUUUGCUCAAUCACUAACCAGACCAUGCUUUUGAAUUAUGGCAUUCAAGCAACUGUUUCUUCUGAUUUUACAUCUCCCAAAUUUUAUCAGAAUUUUAUGCAUCUUCCUUCUAAACUCAAUGCUAAAAAUUCAGCCUCUAGAAAUCACAUAUUUCUAUUUGGAAGCAAAAGCGGAAAUGUCACUCUGAGAACUGUUGUCUGUGCCGUUCCAAAUGAGCAAGAUGAUUCUGAAAGAUGCGUUUCACAUCAUUUUGCUGAUGAUUCAGUGGUUAUUCAUCCUCUGGACGAUGAGAAUUCUCAAGUCCCAGGUUUUACCCCCCAAUUGCAGUCGGACACUGAUAUCCAGCAAACAUUUAUGAGCCAGGGAAACCAAGAGAGCCUCCUUGAUAAGCUGAAGGCUGGUCAGUUACAUGUUCUGGCAAUGGAACAAUGGAAUUCUUCAAGACUCAAAAUGUGUCACUGGAAUUACUUGGUGAGCGCAACAAACCUAAUACACUAUCUGGCUUUAAAAAGCCUAGAUAUAGAACAUAUUAAAGAAGAGCUUUCUUCCCUAGGACUUAUGAAUUUGGAGACUAUAAAUCCAUAUGUUCUUUCAAGUCUUUCUGCGUGUAUCCAAAUGCUGAAUAACUCAAAAUCAGAUUCCCUCCAUGGCUAUACAAAUUCUGGUGAAGUGCUUCCCAUUUGCAAAAGCUCGCAAAAUCGAACAAAGGGGGACUUGGCAAUUACUGCAAUGAUGAAAAAGGCAUCAUCUAAUAGGAAUCUACUACUGGGUACACUUCAAGGGCAAAGAGGCACUCAUAUCAUGGUAACAGUUGGCCAAGAGGUAGUUGAAAAUGAUACUCAUGUAGCUGUUCUCAUUGAAGCAGGGGCCACCAUUUUUCGCAUCAACUGUGCACAUGGUAAUCCAGAUAUAUGGAAUGAGAUCAUAAGAAGGGUGAAGAAAAGUUCUCAAGUUCUUGAGAAGCCAUGUCGGGUGCUUAUGGACUUAGCCGGACCAAAGCUUCGUACUGGCAAACUGAAGGCGGGUCCAUGUGUAUUGAAAAUAUCCCCCAAGAAGAAUGCCGUUGGAAGUGUGAUAUGUCCAGCAAAAAUUUGGCUUUCUCCCCAAGGAGCAGGCCCACCACCACCUCAUGUAUCUCCUGAUGUAAUUUUACAUGUGGAUGACCAAGAAUUUCUAAGUAAACUAGAGGUAGAUGAUUCAGUGAGAUUUUGUGACGCACGUGGAAAGCAGAGGGAACUCAGGAUUUUGAGCAAGUAUGCUAUAUUUUCUGGGGUUGGAUUCUUGGCCGAGUGUAGGAAGACUGCGUACGUUGAGUCUGGUACUGUACUUCGUAUGAAGGAGAAGCGAAGAAAAUAUUCAGUUGGAUUUGUGAUAGAUGUUCCCCCUGCUGAGAAAUUUGUUAGGCUGAGAGUGGGUGACUUGCUGAUACUAUCUCGAGAUAGUUCAGAUGAACUGGAUGAAUCAACUUCUUCAUCAGUUGAUGCCCAUAGGAUAACCUGCUCAUCUGGUUAUCUAUUUGAUUCGGUCAAACCUGGAGACCCUAUCGCUUUUGAUGAUGGGAAGAUAUGGGGGGUUAUAAAGGGAAUCAGCAUUUCAGAAGUUAUUGUUUCAAUCACUCAUGCUGGCCCAAGAGGUACUAAGCUCGGCUCUGAAAAAUCCAUAAACAUCCCAGAGAGUCAAAUUCGAUAUGAAGGUCUUACUUCGAAGGAUAUUAUGGAUCUUGACUUUGUAGCUGGAAAUGCUGACAUGGUGGGUAUUUCAUUUGUCCGAGAUAUUCAUGAUAUUGUCGUGUUGCGCCAAGAACUUGCAAAGAGAAAAAAUUUGAAUUUGGGGGUUAUUUUAAAGAUCGAGACAAGAGAUGGAUUCGAGAAUUUGCCACUCUUGCUAUUGGAGGCAAUGAAAUCUCCAAACCCAUUGGGCGUCAUGAUUGCUAGAGGAGAUCUUGCAGUGGAAUGCGGUUGGGAAAAGCUGGCAGAUAUACAGGAAGAAAUUAUUUCAAUCUGCAAUGCUGCCCAUGUACCUGUCAUUUGGGCAACACAGGUUCUGGAGUCACUUAUUAAGUCUGGAGUGCCCACUCGAGCUGAAAUUACUGAUGCAGCUAAUGGAAGGAGAAUAAGUUGUGUGAUGUUGAACAAAGGGAAGCAUAUUGCUGAAGCGGUCUCUACUCUCGUCACCAUUUUAAGCAGCAAGUAUAACAAAACAAAAGCAGAGCUGAAACCUCUCUUAUUGUCGUCCCAUAUCAAUUAGUCGAUCAAUUUGCAACAUAAAGAAGUGGAUAAAAUGGCCUUGAUCAGUAUCAUUGGAUCGAAGUUCGAUUCUAUUGCAGCUAUCUGCAUUAAGUGGCCGCACCAACAUUGCUCUCAUAUUGCUGCCAUGCAAUAAGCCAGGAUAUCAGCAUUGCUUCAGUUGCUUGCUGAGGACCAUCAAUGGAAACAAUAUCGAUAUGUGUGGUGAGGUGGAUCUGGACAGGAGAAAAAGGGCAAAUAGUCGAACUUUUGGUAGUUGUAAUAUCUAGUUUUUUCACGUAAUAUCAAUGCAAUGUCUACGAGAUUUAUCUUCAACUAUGUGUAUUGAGAUUUAUCGAAGUUCCACGAACAAAACUCAUGCACGAGUUUUCUCACCUUGCAUCUGUAAAAUAGCAAAACAAAAACAAUAUUUGUCGUUGAA